CGGGUUUUCCAUAUCAGAGGAUGCUCAAGUUGUUGUAUCUGAUACUGAAGCUGGAGUUUUUGCAUUUGUCCAUCAUUUGGUUUUGUAUGACAAUACAGCAAGAGGAUUUGUACGGCCUUAUUGUAUUGCCUUCAUCACCACUGAUCAAAGGAAACUGAUGCGCUUCUAUGAAGAACUCUCUUGGAAGUUCAAAAAGGUUGCCAGAUUUCUGAAAUAUGGAAAUAAGAUGGUGUUUGUUGGAGAUCUAGAGAGACAUUUGAAGGACCUGGAAUAUACUAAAAAUGUUCUCUUAAACCAAGUAUGUAAGAUCCGUCUACGACAUGCUGAGGGACAGGAGGAGCAUAUUCCGGAUGCUCGCAGAAACGCAGAGAAUGAAUUAUACAGAGGGCUGCAGACGAUACAACAAUCCAGCUUGGAGAUCAGAGAGAUUCUAUCUGUGCUGAAGCCUCUUAUGCCAGACCAACGAUUAGAAAGCCGAUUCAGAAAACUGGAAGAAAGAGCGUACCAAGGAAUUUCUUCUGCAGGCGUGGACAAGCUGAGUCUACCAGAGAGUGGGUUUGCUGAUCUGUCAGCUGUAGAUGACCUAGAUCACAGAUGUGGCUCUUUGAGUGAACCAAGGAUCUCUCCACUGGCCCUGUUCAAUCCUAGAGAAUACAAACCUGUCCUUGUGGAAACCAAAAAAGCAAGGCGUUUUAAUGCUCCACUUCGAGGGCUGCAUGAAUUGUGCUCCUGGGGAGCCAAAGAGGGACUGAAGAAAUUGCGACACAUUCACAUGUACUUCAAGAGAGACAUGACUAUACUUGAACUGGAGAAGAAUGAGUCAAGACUGUUUCGUCCACGUAACGCAUGCAUCCAUCAUGGCCAUUGUGUAACUGGGAAUUUUCUUGCUGGAGUACAGAUGAAGAAAUCUCUGGAAGCCACUGAGGAGGCAGAACAAAGCUGGUCUAUGUUAUGCAGCCAUAAUUGGAGUUCUUUAGGAUCUAUCAACUCUGAGGAUAGUUUCAAAUCGGUGGACUCCUUUCCUUCUCCAAAUGGCCUCACUGAAGCUUCACCAUCAUCAUUCCACACCUAUGAUAGUUUAAGUGGCCCAGCCUUCCAGUCAGCUUCAGGCUCACCAGAGAGAGAAUUUUCUCUUUUGACCAGCGAUGAAUACUAUCCUGACAUGCCCUCCCACAAGACCGAGGCUGUGACCUAUGUACAAGCAGAAUCGCUGAUCAGUAAACUACAUAAUGUCUCAGCUGAAAACAUAGAACAUUUUCUAGAAAAUCUUGAGGGAUACUCCAUAAAUGGAGAUGAGGGUUCUGACAAGGACAAGGAUUCUGAUAUGGGUGUUAUGCAGUUUAACAGUGAAUUAAGAGGAAUGAAUUUGAAAAACAAAUGCAACAUUUCACAUUCUGAUAGUUUAUUUCCUUGUCUAAAUACUGAUAUGUCACCAAGAGAAGCUGAUAUAACUGUAAACAAAGAUAAUACUCAUCGAAGAGAGAGACUGAACUGUAGUUUUGUUGGUAGAGAAAUGGAAGCAUGUAAUGAAGAAUCAAAUAUUAGAGAUCAUCUUGCCAACAAAAUAAUCAAUUUAAGCACAGUGAAUCAGAACAUUUCAGAUGAAAUUAUAGAUAAUUGUCAAGAAGAAACAUUGCUACGGAAAAAUGAUUUUUCUGCAUCUGGAAUUAGUUGUUCUGAAGUAAAUUCGAGGAACCAAGAUGGCUGUUUUCAGGGAAGAUCAGUCAUGUUUGUAGAAAAUGACCAAUCAGAUGAUUCUGUUAUUGAAAGUGAUUCUGUUGAAGCUACACAAGGUCUUUCAGUAAACCGUGUGUAUUCUUCAGGAAAAAUUAGUAAGACAUGUAUACACGAUGACAUUUCAGAUGAUUUACAAAAAGAUAUUGUACCUAAAGAUCUUAGAUCAGAUGUGUAUCUGUUAGGUUCCGAGGAUAACCAGGUGUCUUCAGAAAACGGACUAAGUGUACACAGACCUGACUCAGUGCAGCGGUGCAACAGUAUGUUGUCUCUUCAGUUGGAGCAGGAAGAUAACCAGAGAAAGGACAGUAAAGUCAGUGCUGUCCUUGGAUCACCAGCUUGUGAAUGUUCUCAGAGAGACUCUGAAAAAGUGCUGUCUUCAGUUAGAUCUCUGCAGCUGUCUGCAAAUACAUCAUCAUCCACUGAAGGACUAGAUAAACUUUUAGAAGCUGGUGUCUCAAAGUCUGAAGGAAGCAACCAUAACAACUCAAAACAUUCUCAUGUACAGAACUACCCACAGUUUUCUCGUCAUAUCACUAACACGGCUCAGUCCCGUAGUGAAAAAUCUGCCCACCCAGAAGCUUAUCACAACGACUUGGUCAGAGGAAGAGCAGAGUCGGACGUGUCCUCAGUUUUCACUGAAAUUUCUGUGCAGGAUAUGUAUCAUCUGAUGGGUCUCAAGGGUGAAUAUAAAGAUGGGAAUUUGCAUGAAGGAUUUGAGGCAGCAAAUGGAACUGAUGACUGUAUCGAUAUACCAACUUCACAGAAUACAGCAGCCUGGAAACCCCGAUGUGGCUUGUAUACAGUUGGUGACUGGAUUAACAAUGUGACCAAGGACAGGCCAGGUUAUGGCUUGCUGGAGGUCCUGUCCACCUACCAGUACUUGGAGCAUGUGAUAUUCAGCCUGCUCAGUGGCAGACCAGUCUUGGUGGCAGGCUCGGCUAAGCUGGAGUCUGAAGUCAUUAGAGUGGUUAAUGCUCUGGCUGUGUUUGUGCCUGCGACUAGGAGGAAAUCUCAUUCAGUCUUGGAGUGGACAUCGAAGCCUGUGAAAAUCACUGACCUGAUUAAGUUAAAACUAAUAGGAGUUUGCAGACCAGAAAGGCGGUCUCUGGACUCCUUUAUACCCAGUGCAAUAAAGAAAGCUUGUACAGUGGUUGACAUAGAGAAGAGAAUCAUUGUGGCACCACCUUACCAGGGCCAGUUUAUUGCAACAUUGAUGGCCAAGAGGAGAGUGCUCAAGACUGAUAUUCAGUUGUUAGCUUACAUAGAAUGGUGGCUGAUGGAUAUCCUUGCCAAGGCAUUCAUUUUCUUUCACAGUUUUUGCUUAGGCUCAGGAGGAAGUAUAUUGUAUUCACACAGUCCCAAAGACCAAAGAGAUGCAUACCUGGAGAAUGUCUCUGUUGUCAUGGGCAGGCUGGGAGUUAGAGACUGCGACUGCCAGCUUAUUGAGAACCUGACUGAGGUGGUCAAGUUGUCAAAACUGGAGCAUCACAUCUGGCAAGGCCAUGAGCCAGGUAGCAUAGUCACCCCAGUAACACUACAGCAGAGAGUCUGCGAGAGGUUUCGGUGCUAA